AUGGCCAACGAAGCCCCCGAACAGAUGCUCGAUGUCUUCAGGGCCGCUGCCCUGUCCGUCACGAAGCUGUACAAGUCGUCGAUGACAGCUCAAGCAAAGGCUCGCUCAGAUGGUUACCAAGAGUGUCUCGACGACCUGCUGCAGUUUCUAGACAAAGAACACCUCGGUCUCGGCGAUGGCGAGGGCUGGAAGAUCAGAGCAUGGGCGAAUGAGCGAUUAGACACAACGGACACCUCGCCCCAGAUCAUCGAGAGCGACGAUGACGCAGAAAAGCCAGAACCCAUGUCAUCUCCCGAGAUACAUCGAUCCAACAGCACAUCAACAUCACAUCAACCAACUUCGGCUCCACGCGUCGACACACAACUACAGACGGAGCCCGACACACCUGUAGUCCAGGAAAUCACGGUCGAUGAGCCUGAGAUUGUCGUCCCUACGCAGGAAACAUUUGAUUUCCGCUCAUCUCACCCCUAUCCUCAAGACGCUCCGUCACCUCUCAACCUGGCGAACUUACGCCUUUCUGAUGCUCGAGGACAUGACCAUUCUAUUUCGUCGCCAAAUUCGGCCCCUCCCUCCAUCUCUGUCUCACGUCAUUCGUCCCGGGGACCACGGCAUGUCAGUAGUGGGGGACGCAACGCAACUCGAUCAGCGAACAGACUGGGGCAUGGUGCCGGGACGAAGCGCAAAGUAAACCUUGGGGAAUUCUUUGACUUGGGCAACCUUGGUCAGUUUAAGGAUGGUUUUGGGGGAUCUGGUGCGAAAAGGAGCAGGCACCUCUGA